GUUUGAACUCUCAACCUUUCCGUCAAGAGGCCUGCGAGACUCUGUCCUUACUACCCGAACUUAUGCGCAGGGCUGCUUUUUAUUUUUCUAUGUUGAUGGUUGAAAGGGAGUAGACUUUGGCUCCUUAUUACCUCCAUCAAGUCUGGCCCAGGGCCAUUUAUAAUGGAGGGGUUCACAUGAUAAGAAAAAAUUAACUAAUCCAAAGAUGGAUUAACAAGCUCCCCACCUAGGGCUUCGUCCUUCACAAAGACAAAGGCCUCUUGAGCCAAGGCUCACAACCUUUUUUAUAUUCCUAAUCUCAUCAUUUUUCUUUCACAAGCUCCCCGCUCGCGCCCAGGCCAAAACCCUAGCCUCCCCCCCUCGCGCCCUCGCCAGCUACAAUGACAGGCGAAGCAGUGAAUCCAAAAGCGUACCCGCUGGCCGAUGCCCAGAUGACGAUAACCAUCCUGGAUCUUGUUCAGCAAGCUGCCAAUUACAAGCAGCUCAAAAAGGGUGCUAAUGAAGCGACGAAGACGCUCAACAGGGGUAUAUCCGAGUUUAUAGUGAUGGCUGCUGACACUGAACCUCUUGAAAUACUUCUCCAUCUUCCCUUACUUGCUGAAGAUAAGAAUGUGCCGUAUGUAUUUGUCCCUUCUAAGCAAGCUCUUGGCAGAGCAUGUGGAGUUACAAGACCUGUCAUUGCUUGUUCUGUGACUAGCAAUGAAGGAAGCCAAUUAAAGUCCCAAAUACAACAACUCAAGGACGCCAUUGAGAAGCUCUUGAUCUAACGCCUUCAUGGAAUAUCUUUUUGGAGCAAUGAGCCUGUUGAUUUAUAUUUGCUUUUUAGAGGCAUUGGCCGAUGAUGCUGUUGUGCCAAUGGGUUAGGGAGUCUGUUAUUGUUGAUCCAUAUUUAAGAGUCAUCUCUAUUUGCUGUGAUGAUGUGAAGAAGACUGCUGUUAAAUUUGCUUUUGGUACUGGAUAGAGAUCACGAUGACUGAUAUGUUAAAUUGAUGUUAUAAUCUGUUUACUGCUGUGGUUUUUUGGUGGAUGUA